AAUAAAAAGAAGAGUAAUUCAAAAAAAUAUUGAAAUGUAAUUGAAUGGUCACCCAAAUCAAACAAUAAUUUAUCUCCCUCCAAUUCUUCUUUCAGUCAUUUACUUAUUUCUCCCUUUUAAAAAAUUAGAGUUAUUUAUUCCAAGUGUCCAUGAAGUGGUAAUGAAAGUUCAGCAUAAUUUGAUUGUACUUCGCACCAGUGACGAAGUGGAAUUCUACAAUUUAGCUUGCUCUAUUAUAUUUUCUUGGCUCCUUUAUUAGGUUUUGAGUUUGGUAAAGAUGUCCAGUUUUUAGUUGAUUCCCUUAAUGGCAGGGGGUGUUGUCACAAAAUAACUCCCUAGUUGAUUUGGAUAACAUUAUACUUUUUCUUAUGGUUUAUGAAUAUUUUAGAAUUAAAUGUGUUAAAUUUAUAAUUAAAUAGUAUAUUUGUUAAUUUCAUGGUUUACUAGAUCCGUUUAGUGUUAUAAUUAAAUAUCUAUAUCAUAAAUUUUAGAUAGUAAUGUUGGAUGUACGAGCAGCGAAGUAGGUAUUACCCACAAGUAUCUGAAUAAAAUUGGGGGAGUCUAAAAGCAUAUCACCCUAUCCACUUCAAACCUUUUGCGGUUUUACCACUACUCCCCCAUACCUAGUCAAUGCGGGGAUUCCCUUCAUUGAUUGGGUCGAGUUGGUCAGUUAUCCAUGGUUGCGGGUUUGAUUGUCAUCCCUAGCAACGAUGAAGCCACGUUAGUGAAAGUGGGUUAUGAAUGUAGGUAAACUAGAUGUAAAUUGUUUGAGAAAUAGAGUAAUUCAUAAGAUAUUAUCUCAUCUCCAAUUAUCACUGUUCAAAUGGUUUGAAUUUACAACUUUAGUUCGAAUUUCUAGCAUUGUCAAAAGAUGAUAACAAAAAAAAAUUAAAUACACGCACGGUAAAUAUUGUCAAAAGAUCAAACUGAAAGUGAAGAACACGAGAGCAUUUUUUAUCGUGGUAUCGUCAGUAUGACACUAGUCCACGGAGAGGAUCUCCCUUUUAUGUUUUAGGUUUUCUUAUUUCGUUAAUCUUCCAGUACAUCAUACAACGAUAUAAAUAGGUUGCGUUUACAACUCUAAUUUUCGAGUGGCUAUUUACAACUAAGUACCUAUAAUUAACAAAAAAAUAUACUAAAAAUUACUCAUAUGUAUUUUUUAGGUUACCAACCGAAAUCUGUAUUUCUUUUUGUUUUAUUACAGGGUCUAAAUUGUAAAAAAAGUAAUGGAACAAAAGUACAACAUAUUACAUGACCUUCGUAUAGAGUAUUUAACAUUAUUUUAAAAUAUAAAAAUUGCACACACUUUUUCUUUGUUCCCGUAGAGGUAGGGCCCAGCCCAUUAACGGGGAAAGCCGAAGACCGGGUGUAGCCGGUAGAAAAUGGACUGUAUCAAUGCAGUGGCGGCACUACAGAAUUGCCCGUGAUAGGUAAUCUAAAAUAAGUAAAUAACAUUAGACGUCUGGAAAAUUUCCCACACCCUUCCUUUCCCGUACAUGCACCUCCCCCUUCUUCUAUAUAUACACAUAUUUACUUUGUUAUCACACAUUCCCCCUCUUCUUCACCUCCAAAUAGUACUAGUACUACUCAUGGAAGCCUACUCGUCUUCCUCAUCUUCCACGUCAUCAAUGUACCUGGCCGCCGCCGCCACCAACAACGCUACCUCAGAGGAUCAUCAUCAUCAUCAGCUCCACAUCAGCAAGGCUCACCGGAAGCCGUUCCAUUCAUCUCUCCAUUCGAUUCGGAACAACACCAACAACAAGCCCAACAGGAAGCCAUACGUUGCUCCGCUGCCGCCCAACCCAGCUCCCACAGUCUACAAAGUCGACCCAAUCAACUUCAGGGACCUCGUCCAGAGCCUCACCGGAGCCGCCGCCCAGCAAGGGAGGAUUCAGAACUUGGCGCCGCCGAAGCUCGAUCUGCUGGAGAGGCCGCCGCUGCAGCAGCUUCUUCCUCCGACUAAGAGCGGCGGCGAGGAAGGGUCGCCGUUUUCGGGGCUGUUUCGGGAGUGGAUGAUGGCGGAAAGUGGUGCGGUGAAAUCACACGGCAUGAAUAUGACGAUGAUGUCAUCGUCCUACGUGGAGGAGGAUAGUAAUAAAAACGAUUAUUUUUAUAGAAAUAGUGUUACGGCGCCGGAUAGUGCGAUAACGUCGCUGGAGCUGAAUCUGCUGUCGUCGUCGCCGACUUCUCAGCAGUGUUGGUUUCCGCAGCUGUUGAGCCCAGCAGGGGGAACUUGACUGACUGGUUUCCGGUUGGGCGCAUACAUAGCUACUUUUAAGUUACUUGCAUCUCCGUUGAAAUAUGAUGGAGGUUGCGGUGGCAGAAAACGCUGCUAAUAGUUUGCUUUGACGGAAACAUAUAUAGUUCUUUAUUCUCUCCUUUGUAAUGGUUUUGAAUAAUUGCAGCAUUUUACACCAUUACUUAAUCGUUCUUAGAUUAAGUAUAAACAUUUUGUGAUUAUCGGUUGGGACGCGGGAUCCAUUGAAUUUGUUCCGGUGAUCGGGUGCCAAAUGAGGUGGAUUUUAGGGGCUGACUUGAUAGGAUGCUAACAAUGCUUGGAUUGUCAUCACAAAAAUCAUUUUCAAUAAGGUGAGUGGAUAAAAAACAACGAAAUUUACAUUAAAUCAAAAUGCGAUCAAUCAGUCAACCUAUUCUCAUUUCCUUCGUCCUGUUAUUUCUUCUCCAUCGUGAUUUCAGACCUUUGAUCGCAAAAGGUGAUAUAGCCUAACGGUGAAACAGUUGGUCUGGUUGGCUCAGAAUGUAUGAGGUCCUGAGUUCGAUCCUAGCAGCGUCGUUUGUGUGUUCCCGGAGGCAUGCCUGAAUGUCGGGGACGAAGUGCCCGAUGUUGUGUCUUGUACAUGUGUCUGUCACGUGUGGGGUUGAGGUUCCUAAGUUAUCAAAAGACCUUUGAUCAGACGGUGCUGCUCCGCCGUGUUGACAGCCUCACUUUUCGCUCUCCCUCCACUGAGUACCUUCUCUUUCUCUCUCUAAAUGAAGAAGCUAAAUUUGGGACGAGAUAUGGUGACAACCCCCUAAGGGGGUUGUGAAUUUGACAACCCACUUUAUAGCGGCCAUUAGAUGUAUUCUCUCUCCUGUCAUUUUUAAAUUGAAGGUUGAGAUGAAAAGAAGGGUGUUUUUUAGAUGAAAAAAACUUACCACACCCAAUCAUUCUCCCUCCCAUAUAAAAUAAUAAAACGCUAAUCUAACUCAUACCAACUUCACAGUCGUUCACCUCCUUCUUCCCUUCUUCCCUCUCUUCCGCGGACGAUGCCGCCACUGCAUCUCCCUCUUCCUCUCCCAUGCCCACCGCCGCCCCUGAUCUCCGCCGCGCCGGCUGUCCCUGCCGCUCUGUCGCACCCACUGUCCCUAUCGCUCCUGCCGCGAUACGUUGCCCCUGCCGCCCCUACGCUCGUCAUCGUGCCACGCUGCCCUAGCCGCCAUUUUUACGCCGCCGCCGCGAGGUCAAUGACUCUUCCCUGCCUCCCUAUUUUUUUCCACAUCUGUGAUUUUUCAGAAUUCCAGAUCUGGUUUUUUGUGUUAGUCUCUACUGGUAUGUACCAGUGAGCACUGGUAGGGUACCACUACCACUGGUAGAGCUACUGGUACGCUAUCACUACUCACCGGUACGUACCAGUGACUCUCCUUUUCUAGAUCUGUUUUUUCCGACUAACCAGUGACCCCCCUUUUCUAGAUCUGUUUUUUCCGACUAGUGGUACCAUUUUUCUUCUAGUAGCAUACCAGUGAUAGUGGUAGCAUACCACUAUCAUCUUGUACCACUACCAUAUGGUUUUUUGUGUUACUCUCUACUGGUAGCGCUACUAGUGCUAGUGGUACGAUACCAGAUGAUAGUUGUAACAUUGUACUGAUAGCGUACCACUAGAAAAAAUCAAUACUAGGAGAAUAAUGAACUGGUACACUUUUUAACGUAUUGGUACAUUUUUUCAUGUUGCUAGAGAAAGUCAAAAAUUUCGUUGGAGGAAGUCUGCCGAAAGGAUUUCACCAGCGGUCGAUGCGGAUUGACUGUUGGAAAAAGAAAGAGAGAUCUAAAGAGAUAUAAAUGUAUAGAAUUUAA